AUGUCAAACGACCCUAUCCUCAUUGUCGGUGCAGGCAUAAUAGGCCUCGUACUCGGCCAAGCCCUCAAAAAGCGAAACAUCCCAUUCAAGAUCUACGAACGCGACCCCUCCCUCGCAAGCCGUCCUCAAGGCUGGGCCAUAACUCUGCACUGGGCCCUGCAAUACCUGCCCGACCUCCUCCCCGCGGAAACCCUAAACGCAAUCGAAGACGGCCAGGUUGACCCGGAGGUAGCAAAGAACGACACGGGCAAUUUCCUCUUCCUCGACCUCAGCACAGGCGACGUGAAAUGGCGCAUCCCGCCGAAUAAACGGUGGAGGGUGAAUCGCGAGAAACUGCGCAGGGCGCUUCUAUUAGGGAUCGAGGAGAACGUCGAGUGGGGUGUUAGGGUUGAAGACGUCCACGUUGCAGACGAGGCAGCAGGAGCAGAAGCACGCCUUAUCUAUAGCAGACGCAGCAAGCCCGAUACCACUGCGGAUGGAAAAUCAGGUAUAAAGGAAGAAAGCGCCCCCGGCAAACUCAUAAUCGGCACCGAGGGCGCACGCUCCACAAUCCGGCAGUUCCUCUGUCCGACGACAUACAAGAAUACUCGUCUCCCCGCGCGAUUCACGGGCGUGAUUGCACCCAUGACAGCCGAGGAGAUUGCGCCGCUGCGCGCGAUGGACCCCCUGCUCUUCAAGGGCUGUCAUCCUGAAACGGGUGUGUUUCUGUGGUUUUCCAUGCUUGAACCGCCGACCGAGGACAACGGGGGGAAAUACAAAGUCCAGAUCGGCCUCUCGUGGAUGGUUCAUUCCCCCGCCGAUGAAGUUCCGGCGUCGAAUGCGGACAGGCUGGCGAAUAUGAAGCGCCGGGCUGAAGGGUUUGUCCCUUUCCUUUAUGAUACUGUCCAGCGUAUACCGGAGGAUACGGAGGUCGUGGAGGUUACCCUGGCGGAUUGGGAAUGUGAGGCUUCGGUCUGGGAUAACAGGGGAGGAAAGGUUACCCUUGCUGGGGAUGCGGCACAUGCGAUGACUAUGUACCGCGGAGAGGCGUGCAACCACGGUAUUCUCGAUGCAGUGCAUCUUGUUGAAGCUAUCGAGAAGAUCCAUGCUGGCGGAAACUCCAAAGAUGCAAUAGAUGAGUACGAAGCUGAGAUGCGGAAGCGAGGACAGGCCGCUGUGCUGCUGAGUCGACAGGCCUGUCUAGAUGCCCAUGAUUGGGAAUCGCUUAAUGAGAACUCUGCUAUUUUGAAGAAGAGGCAGCUUGACUAG